ACCAACCAAUCCAACCGCUGCCAACUUCCAAUGUGACAAUGUCCCCAUCUCACUCUUCCCAAACCCAUCAAUCCCGUUUCCCAAUCUGAACCACCUACCACGCCACCGUCCUUUGUCCACGCGCCACCGCGUUGUAGAUGAGGGAAGAAACUGGCCACCGAGUGUCGUCGCCGGAGCCCUCUGGUGCGGCCUCUAAGCGCAAGCAUCAUUCAGAGGUACGACCACAAUCCCGCAGCCAAUCGAAGAAGCAGAAAUUAGGUUUCGGAGCUCAAACCCAAACUCUAAAACGCCAUUCAUACCCUAAGCCUCCCGCUUCGAAUCGAUUCGCCUCCAUUGCCGCUUCGUCCCGAUCACGUAACAAGCGAAGCAGAAGAAAUUCGUUUAAUUCAGACUGUUAUCGCAAGUGGACCUUUGCUUCUCACGAUUUCUCUGAAUUUAAAGAUAAAGUUGUGGUCGUUUCAUAUAACAUACUUGGUGUUGAGAAUGCAUCAAACCAUCCAGAUUUGUAUUCUAGAGUGCCAUGGAAAUUCUUAAAGUGGGACCGACGGAAAGAGCUGAUAUGCAAGGAGAUCAAAUCUUACAAUGCCAGCAUCCUGUGUUUCCAGGAGGUUGACCGUUUUGAUGAUUUAGAUGAUCGUCUUCGUAAUGAUGGAUUUAGAGGCAUUUACAAGGCUCGCACCGGUGAAGCAAAUGAUGGGUGUGCUAUUUUCUGGACCGACAAACGAUUUAGCCUUUUGCAUCAAGAGAAUAUAGAGUUCCGGAGUUAUGGCCUUCGUGACAAUGUCGCUCAACUUUGUGUCUUGAAGGUGAACAGGAAUCAAACAGAGUCAGAGUCAUGUAAGGAAGGAUCAAAGACAACACCCACUAAAAGUCGAAGCUUGCUUGUUGGAAAUAUACACGUGCUUUUCAAUCCAAACCGUGGAGACAUCAAGCUUGGUCAGGUUCGACUGUUUCUUGAGAGGGCUUACAAGCUAUCACAAGAAUGGGGUGGCAUCCCCGUCAUAAUUGCUGGUGAUCUAAAUAGCAUCCCGCAGAGUGCUCUUUAUCAAUUUCUCGCUUCAUCUGAGUUGGAUAUCCGGUUACAUGAGCGCAGAAAAAUUUCUGGCCAGCUGGACCAUUCGAUACGUUGCGAAGACUUAAGAUAUCGGAAUGAGAAUGUGGCCAGUACUUGGAUGUCUAUCUCAAGACCAUUGACCUAUACUUGGAGUGAUGAAGAAAUAAAGCUUGCUGCAGGCAGCGGAGGAGUUGCUGAUCUUAGACACCAAUUAAAUCUCCACAGUGCAUAUCUAAGGGUCCCUGGGAGUUGUAGGACACGAGACAAUUAUGGAGAACCCUUGGCAACAUCAUACCAUUCCAAGUUCAUGGGAACUGUUGAUUAUAUCUGGCAUACUGAGGAGCUUGUUCCCGUAAGAGUUCUUGAAACCUUACCCAUUGAUGUUUUGAGAAGAAGUAUGGGUCUCCCAAGUGAGAGAUGGGGAAGCGAUCACCUCGCUCUUGUAUGUGAAUUGGCCUUUGCAGAUGAUGGCAAUAGGACCUGACUGCCAACUGCCAACUGCCAACUGCCAAGUAUUAUAAUUCCUUGGUGCACUGAGUCAUAUAAGGUAAGCUUUUCUUGAAGGAUCCAAGUGGAAAGGGAAAGGUGUUUGCUUGUAAUUUAUUUAUAGAUAAGCAAUAAAAUAUUAAGAAGUAAAAUUUCAAUUCCUUUACAUUGAAUAACUAUUGAAAUGAAUUCCAACUUUGUAGGAUUAUUAUGAUUCAUUAGUGAUCUUGCUUGAAUUCAUUGGAAAAUCCUUUA